AUGUCUGGAAGAGGUAAAGGUGCCGGAAAAGCCAGAGCAAAGGCCAAGUCCCGCUCCUCCCGUGCCGGGCUCCAGUUCCCCGUGGGUCGUGUCCACAGACAUCUGAGGAAGGGCAACUACGCUCAGCGUGUCGGCGCCGGAGCUCCGGUCUACCUGGCGGCGGUGCUGGAGUACCUGACCGCUGAGAUCCUGGAGCUGGCUGGAAACGCCGCCCGGGACAACAAGAAGACCAGGAUCAUCCCCCGACACCUGCAGCUCGCCGUCCGCAACGACGAGGAGCUCAACAAGCUGCUGGGAGGAGUCACCAUCGCUCAGGGUGGUGUGCUGCCCAACAUCCAGGCUGUCCUGCUGCCCAAGAAGACCGAGAAGGCCGCCGGCAAGAAGUAAACACCUCUCUGACUGCUGGAGAAAACAACAAAAAGGCUCUUUUAAGA